UCAGGGCUUACAGCUUUCCUCGGCAGUUUGGGUUUCUCAGAAUGAGGUUUUCAUGCUUUCUUGCUCUUUUAGGAAUAGGUGGGCUUUAUGGUUUCCUGUCAGUGGAUGAUCCACGGGAGGAACUGGAGCACAGAGACUUUAACAAAGCGAUUUUGGAGAUGUUGCACAUCAAUAAACUGUCAACACCUCAACAGGCAAAGCCACACCCCUAUAUGAAGCAGGUGUAUGAGUCCCUGGACACACAGGUGAGAGAGCUGAGCGCUGCUGAUGGGACUCUUGUGCAGAGUUUCAGGAGCAUUGAAGACUCAAAGUACGGUGUUCCAGGUUGGAUCUGGUUCAACGUGUCUCACCUAAGCCCAUCCAUGAAGGUUGCCGAGCUGGUGCUGCUGAGGAAAACUCUUCAUCCCAAGCCACUCAGUGUGACAGUCACAGUGCACAGUAUUUCGCCAGAAACAGGUCAAAUGAGCAUUAGUGGACCUCUUGUGGAGCAGUUAUUGAGCUUGAACCACUUACCUCCAUCCGGCUAUGAUGUUUUUGACGUGACCGCUGCAAUAACCCAACGCCUGCCCCGUUCAGACGCCUUGGGCUUCCAGCUUCGCUUUGGGGACGAGAGCGGCAGCUUGGUUCUCCAUGAGGCCCUCACGCAGAGCCUCUAUUGCCUGAACGGCAGCUCUCUCAGCCAGCCGCUUUUGGUGGUUUAUAGAGCCAAAUCAAUGGAGUUGAGAGACGGCGCUGAGCCCAGACAGAGGCACAACUGCACGGCCGGCUGCUCAGAAUAUAACAAAGAGCGAAUGCGGUUGAGGAAUUUGAGACGUGCUACUCGUGCUCCCUGCAAACUGCAUGUACAUCACGUUAACCUUCAUUCGAGUCAGUUGAGUCAAUGGCUUCUACAGCCAUCUCAUUUCAACAUCAGUAUCUGCAGCGGUAUCUGCUCGAAAGAGAUGUCAACGCCAUCCAUUACUUUCCAUAGACAUAGCAAAAAUGAUUUACUUCAAAGAUCAAACUGCAUUCCUCAAGGGCUGUCUUCUCUGCUUGUGAUGUACAGCAUCGGCAAUUCUGACAUUAUUAUAAAGGAGAUAAAGGAUAUCAGAGCAGACCGAUGUGUGUGUCUGUCAACCUCUGCGUAAAAGUUCCUGGAGACACAUAUUACUAAUACUUCAGUUUGUGGAUUUUAAAUCUAUUGUUAUGUCCAUGUACCUGAAAACAGAGGUACCUUCAAAUUACCUUCAUUAUUAUUCAUAUUAUAGGUGUUAUACAAUUAGAGGAAAAGAGAACAAUAUACUAUAUACUGUUAUGCAUCUU